AUGCCGAAUUCUCAUGGUAAUGUAUUGAAUAACAUCUCUUUGAAUAGCAAGCAAAAUCUGAGAUCAAUAUCUAAAACAUGCCCAAAAGAUAAAGAUGGGAGGCAAAAAAACUUUAAAAUGAUGUCAACCCAAGCACUAGAACGCACGCAAGGAACUGUCUAUAAGGUUGAGGAUGUGAAAUUAAAGGGUUUUGAAGUCGAAGAUAAAAAUAACUCCAAAAAAUUUGAUUACAAAAUUGCAACCCUGGAAAAGAAAGAGCAAGAACAAGUACCUGAAAAAACUGUUGCAAAGGAAAGCGUACAAAAAAAAAUCACGAAAACUUCAAAGACGAGUAGUCUAUUUGUAGGAAACCUGAAAUCUACCGUUACUGAAGAAAUGCUAAAGAAAACAUUCAGAAGGUACCAAUCUUUUGAAUCUGCCAAAAUAUGCCGUGAUUUUCUUACCAAGAAAUCAUUGGGUUAUGGCUAUUUAAACUUCAAAAAUAAAACCGAAGCAGAAGCUGCAAGGAAAGGAUUUAAUUAUACAGUUUUAUUUGGUCAGGAAGUUAAAAUAAUGCCAUCUAUGAAAAAUACAUUAUUUAGGAAAAACAUCGGAACAAAUGUUUUUUUCUCUAACUUGCCACUGGAAAAUCCCCAACUGACCACAAGAUCAUUUUAUCUAAUAAUGAUCGAGUACGGAAAUGUACUCUCGUGCCUUUUGGAAAGAAGAAAAAACAUUGGAUUUGUUUAUUUCGAUAACGAUACUUCUGCUAGAAAUGUAAUCAAAAAAUAUAAUAACCAAGAGUUCUUUGGAAAUAAAAUUAUAUGUGGAUUACAUUUUGAUAAAGAAGUAAGGAAUAGACCAGAAUUUACCAAAAGAAAAAGAAUGAUUGGCUCCGACAUUGUUAUCGAAGACGAACUAUUGGCUGGCAGCAACUUACCAGAUAAUACUCGCUCAAAGACAGUCUUAGUCAAAAAUUUACCCUCCGACACAACACAAGAAGAGGUACUAGAUUUCUUCAGCACUAUUGGCCCCGUUAAGUCUGUAUUCAUCUCUGAAAAGCAAGUGAACACGCCGCAUAAAGCUUUUGUCACAUAUAAAAAUGAAGAAGAAUCUAAGAAGGCACAGAAAUGUCUGAAUAAAACAGCCUUCAAAGGCCACACCAUUUGGGUUGGUCCUGCUAAAGAUAAGCCUGUCCAUAAUAAAAUUGGAACUAACAGGAAAAUAAAGAUUUAUCUAAGAAACUUAAGCUUCAACUGUAAUAAGGAGUUUAUUUCCCAGCUAUGUCUACAAAAAAGAAUAAAAUUUAAUGAAAUUAAGAUCACAAACUAUAAUUCAUUAAAUUGGACAUUUUCUGGAUAUGUUGAGUGUUUUUCCCGCGGUGACGCUGAGAGAUUAUUUAAUAUUUUGGAUAGGAGAUUAAUUGGGAGUAGCUUGGUUGAGGCAUCAUGGACAAAAAAUAAUGAUAAUAUGCUAAGUGAGAUAGACUAUGACGAUGAUAAUAACAAUGAUAAUUGUAGUAAUUUAAUUAACAUUAGUUCCAUGAUGCGUUUUCACACACAAGGGUUACCAGCUUAUCAGAAGGGCUUAACGUCACAGUUUCAACAGGUAGUUUCCCCAUUCUCGUCAUAUUCAAACUCCUGCACGAACAUAAACUCUCUCGUAGCAACACCGAUGAAACCUCAUCCAGCAUUUAAUUUAAUCACAAAUAAUGUUAAAGAAAAAAUACAUCCACCUAAGAGAACUAAACAAGAGAACGCGGAAAUACUGGAGUCCUUAAAGAAAAUCAUAAACAGAAAUUUACAACAUAUAAAUAUUUCUGGUUUAAAUAAAGGAGAGAAUAUACGCAGCAUUUCCGAGUUUAUUUUUGACGUAUUUUGGGAGCAUGACUCUGAAAGGCUAUCGCACUUUUUAUUAAUCACAAAUACUUCACCAGAAUCACAAAAAAUUCUACAAAAACAAAUCAUCAGGGCUGCCGAAAGCCUUGGAUUUCCAGUUUGA